CAGACCAGUAAAAUAAAUCUGUGCUGAAAAUUAAUGCCAUUAUUAGCUGCCUACCCUAAUAUUAUUUAUUGCAACUGAAAUUUCACUAAAUUUCUAUGAAAUGUUUGUAGAUCUUGCAACAGAAGCGCAUUAAAAGUUCUUAUAGAUCAAUAGAUGCUAUAAAUCUACAAUGGUUUUUUAUUUUACAAGUGAUGUCGUUUCUCCCGCAGUAACUUUGUUCAUGGGUAACGAUAAACAUGAAAAUGAAGAUUUGAUAAAAUGGGGAUGGCCUGAAGAUGUUUGGUUCCAUGUUAAUAAAGUUUCAUCAGCACACGUUUAUCUUCGCUUAGCACCUGGUCAAACAAUAGAUGAUAUACCAACCGCUGUUCUUGAUGAUGCAUGCCAGUUAGUAAAAGCAAACUCCAUUAUGGGAAAUAAAAUGAAUGAUAUUGAUAUUGUUUACACAAUGUGGUCAAAUUUGAAGAAAACUGCAGGUAUGGAGGUUGGUCAAGUUGCGUUUCACAAAGAUAAGGAUGUAAGAAAAGUGAGAAUAAUUAAAAGAAUAAAUGAAAUUAUUAAUAGACUAAACAAAACAAAAAGAGAAGCAUUUCCUGAUUUGAGACUUGAAAGAGAAACUAGAGACAGGGUAGAACGAGAAGAUAAAAAGAAAUUGGUAAGAGAGAAAAAAGACAAGGAAAAGGAAGAAGAAAAACAAAAGAAAGAGGAAGCAGAGUUAAGAAGUUAUGCCACAUUGAUGAAAAAGGAAAAUAUGACAACAAAUCAAGAUGGAAACGAUUCUGAUGAUUUUAUGUAAAAAUGAAAUAAAGACCACUAUGUAUUUGAGUGCAUAA